AAGUACAUUGUGAGCGACGCUGUGCCAGUCUGUGAGUCCUCGCUGGGAUCGCCGAUCGCUCUGCGCUGAGUCGCUGGACAAGAACCAUAUUUCGGGAUGAAUGGGAGGAGCAGGUACACCUGUGCAAGACUGAAGGGGAGGAGCCGGGACACCUGUGCAAGACUGAAGGGGAGGAGCCGGGACACCUGUGCAAGACUGAAGGGGAGGAGCCGGGACACCUGUGCAAGACUGAAGGGGAGGAGCCGGUACACCUGUGCAAGACUGAAGGGGUGGAUCCGGUACAUCUGUGCGAGACUGAGGGGAGGAGCCAGUACACCUGUGCAAGACUGAAGGGGAGGAGCCAGUACACCUGUGCAAGACUGAAGGGGUGGAGUCGGUACACCUGUGCAAGACUGAAGGGGAGGAGCCUGUUCACCUGUGCAAGACUGAAGGGGAGGAGCUUGUUCACCUGUGCAAGACUGAAGGGGAGGAGCCUGUUCACCUGUGCAAGACUGAAGGGGAGG